GUCCGUGCUGUUCUGCUCUCCUCUGCUCGACCACAGCGCAGCUCACUCGGCUGGGUGAGAUCAUUACCAGACAGCAGGCUCCAGGCUCUAACAUUCACCGAUCGGGAAAGCAGAGCGAGGGAUCGCAGAGAGCCUGAGCCUUGAUCCUAUGCAAGCGGCUGGAGGGAAAGCCACCUUCGACCAUACCGACUCCUCCGUACUGUCGCUUGGGCUUGAAAACUCGGUCUUGUUGCUGACAGCUGACAUUUGUCUUCUUUGAGCCGGUUCCUUGAAGCUCGAAGACGGAUGCGGGCUUGUUUUGACUGCGGUAAUAGCCUUCGCACCUCUCCUUCUCGCGUGCGUAGUGGAACGGAUUUGUGAGGGAUCUUAACUUGACGAAGCUUCACGAGUGGCCGGCGGUCCUGCAAGGGGCCCCGGGGACGCUUUUUGUCCGGCCGCCAGGCAAGCCGCACAGGGCCCCGGAGAGAGCUUCUUUCAGCUUGGAGUUGGACAUAAACGUCUCUAAUUGGAUUCCUCCUCCCAUGGUGGCUUCUUUUUUUUCUGUCAUCACAUCGGCUGCAUAACCCCAUUUCGCUUUUUUUUUUCUUUUUCUUUUUGCAAAGCAACAUUGACGCCAUUUUCCUCGGGGUUUUGUGUCAAAAAGCAUCCAAGUAUAUUCCAGGAGCGUGUGACAGCUCCCCGGGAGGCUGUCAUCUCAUCCGUCGCUUGUGUAAAAAUGUGUCUAAAUGGAUUGUAAAUGAUCUUGAUAAAUAAUUUACACGUCAGAGCUGAGUGUGUGACAACAUUAGACAUGGAUUGUCCGUGGCUUCCCAGCGUGUCAGUGGGCCAACCGAGCCGACCCCAAUAGCUGAUUGACAACAACCCGGCCGCCGACAGACCUCCAUCCUCUUCUUUCCGAUUGGCUGGCCGCCACAGCUUCCCCCAUCCUGACUGGCUCUGGCGGGAGAGUGGAUGGAGCCACGGGAUCCGGUUGGCUCGGCCCGACCCAAAGAGGCGGAGUUACAGGGAGGCGGGGCGGCGCGAAAUGAAGGAGCGGGAGGUAUCGGCUUGGCACGUAGCGAUGAUGUGAUUCACGGUGGCGUCAGUGAAGGGGAGGGGCUUGAAGAACACGGGGAGGGGCUUCUGGAAGAGCAGGAGUUUUCCAUCAAGGAAGCGAGUUUCCAGGAAGGAAGUCUAAAGCUGAAGAUCCAGACCACCAAACGUACUAAGAAGCCCCCGAAGAACCUCGAGAACUAUAUUUGCCCACCGGAGAUCAGGAUGACCAUCAGACCUCCGGCUGGAGAGGGCAAAGGGGGCCGGCAAGGGCGAGCUGGAGGCGUGGCCAUAUCGGGGCGGGUUCAAAAGGAUGAAGACAGAGGACCGCCCAGAAAAAGAACAUAUGAGCGCCAGUCCAGAAUACCUGAGCAGGGAGAAGGAGGCCUAUUGCAACUACUAGGAGACCCCUCUCCACCCAAACACCAGCCCCGCAACGUUCUUCUUCCCGCAUCCACUCUCUCUCCUGUCCAACCAUUGCAACACGUCCCCACGCAACAGUUCCAGCACAUUCAGCAGCACCAAGUCAGCCCAGACUGGAUCACGUUUAGAGCACCUUCGGUUUCUCCGGCCAAUCCUGCAGAUUGCGAGCCAGCCGUAGAGUUAAUGGCAGCCGGUAGGAGUGCAAAUGCUCUAAUGGAUUCAAAUGCACCUUUCCUACGAACUGUUACUCAAAGCCACUCACCUCAGAGAUCUUUGACGCCAGACCUUCAGUUGCCAGUUGUUACAGAUGCCAGUAUUCUCAACCUUACCUCUCUCAGCAGGGGGAAAGGUUUGCAGGAAGCUAAUGAUCAGCUCUUUGGGAACAUCAAGAGGAAGUAUGGCAGGAAGGAGUCCCAGAAGAUGCUUUCUAAUCCUCACAGUGCUGACACGCUGUGGGGAAGACAGUCCGAAAAAGAAACAGGAAGCCCAUCUAAUUCAGAAGACAGGCAGCGCUACAGACAAGAAGAGACGACUGAGCAGUUUCAUGAAGAAAGAGAGCAUAGAAGAAAAGAUGAAAGAGAGCGAACAAUUACUGGUAGGAGAGCGGAUGACGAGGACAGAGGGAUGCCCAUGCUGACAGAGGAAGGAAAAGGAAGAAAGAGGCGGAGAAAGCCUUCUUUAGAUGAGUCCUUUUCUAUUGAAGAGCAAUCCUUACGACGACAGGACUCUAAUACCACUGAGAAGUACCCGCAUAAGCCUCCAGAACACAAAGUAGCUCAUAAGUUGGACAUUCACAAAAAUGAUUCCAGACUCCCAAGUCAGGGUGAGAUCGGUGGAGAGAAGACGGAGAAAAGCGAAAGACUGGACAGAGGUGAGAAAAGAGAAAGAGUAGACAGGCCAGAAAAGGAUCAUUCAACUCGGAGUGGGACUGAUCCAGAAUCAACUUUUAGUAUGAACAGAAUGAAAAAGAUCCCAGUGAGUCGUCCCAAGAGCAGUACUGAUUCUCAUAAACACAGAGAUCUUUCCCUAAACAUCAGCAAACCAAGCUUCUCCACAAGUCCCAGACUCCCCAGUCCAAACCCCAGCCCUAGCCCUAAGGGAAGUAUGAGUCCGAGCCUAAGCCCUAAACCCAGGGCGAACUUUAGCCCUAGCCCCAGACCGAGGGCCACCCUGAGUCCGAGUCCAAGCCACAGCACCAUCUCUACAGUCAGCUCCAGGUCAGGCAAGACUAAAGACAGAUGGUCAUACCUGAAAGCAAGAAGUCAGAACUGCAUCACCUCACCACAGAGAGACAGCUGCAGUAGUCCAUCGAUGGUAUUUGACCCACCCUCGGCCUUCCCUAUAACCCCCUCUAGUCCACUCUACACAAAUACUGACAGCCUGACCGUCCACAUGCCCCUCAAAAGAAAACGAGGACGCCCCAAGAAACAGCCCCUUCUAACUGUAGAAACCAUCCAUGAGGGGACAUCCACUUCACCCCUAAGCCCCCUAGCACAAGAAACCCCUGCCGGACUAAACCGCAGGAGGAAGACCAAUCCACCAAACACAGCAAUUAAUACAACAUUAGUCCAAAUGGUGUCAACAAUUACCAGUUCCAAGUCCAGUGGUCCGAAAGUAAAACGUGGCAGAAACAACUCAAACCCAAUAAAUAAAGUAAAGCUUGGCAAGAUGCAAAGCAUCCUGAAUGAAAUCCUCUCAAGCUCCAGUAGGAACAACACUCUGAAGUCUCCUUCCGCGCCUGUUACCUCUGCUAUGAAUGUCAUGGCGUCGACCAUCGAGGCUCGGCUGGGCAAACAGAUAAACGUGAGCAAGAGAGGCACCAUCUACAUCGGGAAAAAGAGAGGCCGUAAACCCCGAGCUGAAACGCAAGGCUCGAUCCCUCCCAAAAGUGUUAAGGACAAGCCCUCCAUGACAGCAUCCUCGUCCAGUCUGUACGAGAGCUCGAUUCUAACCGCCACCACUUCCUCUCCCAGCUCCAGUGCCCCAUCGAUGAGAACCAGCCACUCUGAUGCCACGAUGCCUAGUCUGCAGCCCAUCUCAGCCCUGCCCCCCAAACCUUUAGCCAGAGGAUUUCUCUCUGGGGGAUGGAAACUGUCACCCCCACGUCUUUUAGCGAAUUCACCCUCACAGCUUUCUGAAGGUGCAUCAGUGAAGGAGGUCACCUUGUCUCCCAUCAGCGAGUCCCACAGUGAGGAGACUAUUCCCAGUGACAGCGGGAUCGGGACUGACAACAACAGCACUUCGGAUCAAACCGAGAAAGGCCCCGCCUCUCGGCGCAGGUAUUCUUUUGAUCUAUGCGGGUUUGAGGCCGCAGAGGCUGCUGCUCUUGAAGCGACUGCCAGAGGAAACAGAGCUCGAAUUGAACGACAAGCUGCUGCGGACAACUUCCUUUCUCAGCAGGAGAAGAAGCAAAAACAUAAUCGGCGUAAGAGGAAGUGCCUUCAGAGCCGGGAUCAGCUUCACUUUCUCUCUGAACUCGAGGAGGUCGUGUCGAAGCUCCAGCAGCUACGAGUGUCUCACCGAAGAUAUACCUGCUACCCUCAGAAUCCCUACCCCUCUAUUUUCCGCCUCAACUUUCACCAUUACUACCCGAUCACCUAUGACACGUACCCCUGCGACUCCAGUCCGUAUAUUCGCAGGAGUGCUGAUCUGAAGGCCAAGAGGAGGCGGGGUCGUCCAGCCAAAGCCAGUGAGCCAAUCGCCUCGAAAAUACCUUUUGUUCAAGGAUACGGCUAUCCACUGGAAGGGGGGAAUUACUAUGCAGCACCGUAUGCUGUGCCUUACACACCCCAUCUCAGCUUAGGCUAUUUCCCCCCCGCACCUCCGUACUACCUGCCUCACCACUCCCUUGGUCAUAUUCCAAUAUCACCCUUCAUGAGACCCGCGGUCCCCCCACCCAAGGCUUUUCACUCCAGUGGACACGCAAAACUUCAACCAGGGGUCAAGCAUCGCAGCAUCUCUGGUCAACUUCAGGGCCCCUCCGCAAGAGGGGAGGCAUUGGGAUCCAUCGGCAGUAGUAGCGCAGGUGGUCUCGGGGGUGGUGUUCGCCUCCAUAAGAGGAAGCACAAGCACAAACAUAAGCACAAAGAGGAACCCUUACUUUCUCCACGGGACCGGCAAGAGUUGGGCGGGCUCUUCAGUGGAGCCAAGGCCAGUUCUCAUCGCAACCUGCUUGGUGACUCAUCCAGUCAGGGCCCUUCCAAGCAUCAGGAGAAGAGGCCCAACGGUCUAGGCUCAAGCCUGGGCUCCACUCUAGGGAUGUUCGAGUCGGAAAAGGCGUCCUCGCACUCUCUUACCGAUGGCCACUUCCACUUGCGUCCGACGGGACAGCCAAUGAACAGCUUCAUGAGCAGCUACAGUAGCCAAUCACAGCAACAAGAAUCAUCGUCCUUCCUCUUCAUGGGGUCAGCGGAGAAUGAGUGUGGUUCAAGGAGUAGGAAGAUGAGGCCGACUGUGUUUGGAGAUCAAGGCCUGAUGUCACUGCAAACUGCCAGGCAGGAGCCAGUACAAAUGAACGAGCGCUCCAGUCCCUCGCUCUCUGGUGCUCCCGGUAAGCGACGGUACAAGCGCAGAGAGGUGGAACAGAUCCAGAAGGAAGUGAGAAGGAUGCAUUCUUUGAACCUCGAUCAUGUGCAGAAGAUCCUCCGUGCCAAGCGCCUGCAGCGACAAGCCAAAACCGGAAACAACAUUAUCAAAAGACGACCCGGACGGCCCCGAAAACAACCGCUGGAUGAUGAAUCCGCUCCGACCGUGAGGAGGGAGGAGGACCGGGCCGGCGGUCGCGGGUUGGACGUGUUGGCCGGAAGGACUCAGGGGAUGCCCGUUCUGGAGCGCUGUGAUGAACCCGCUGGUAGACAGAGCCUCAGGCCCACUUUGACGCCGGAGCCUCUGGAGUUUCCCAAUCACGAUUCCAUUUUGGCUACCAUUGAGAAAGUGGUUCACAGAGCCCGGGCUCUGCCUCCGCCGGCCAAAGGGGGCAAACGCAGGGGCAGGGGCAACAGCAGGGACAACCUAUGGGUUCCCUCCAAUCAAUAGACUCGCUGGAGAAAGCAACUCUGUAAAUGAACAUCCUUAUCAGACCCAGUGCCCUUAAUCCGGUGACUCCGUGGUGCACUUUGAUUUCGGGGGAAUGACACAGGUCAGAACACUUGCGGUGCCAGCUCUCAGUUUGAACGUGAGCCUUUUAAGGCUUCCUUGGACCUGCAUUUAAUAGGGCACUAUCUGGAUUCAUUUAAUCCUGAAGAAUUGUGUGGUACUAAUGAAAUUGUAGGACAUCGUGUGACUCUUUAUGUAUCUCAUACAGUCAUGUGUAUGGUACUUCAUGAUACUGUAUCAAAACGUGGCGUGAGCCAUAUAUUACCAGCAAUGGGAGGGUGGGAGGGAUAUACGGGGGGGUAUGAUUCAUAUAAAACUGUGCAGCUCAGCUUUCUUUCUGCCUUUCUGAAGGAGCCUGUCAAAGAGAAUACAGCAGUAAUUAAGCCACCUUACCCUUGUACUUUUCCUGGUGUUUGCUCUUACCGUCUGUGGCGUCUGUGUGAGGAUUUCUAUCAGUCCACCCCUGCAGCUUAAUCCCAUAUCCUUUUUGCCCCUUCUCCCAAUCUAGAGAUUUUAUCACCAAUACAGGAGAGGUUGACAACCUCUCCUGGACGCUGACCUAAAGGCAAUACGGUGGACGAGAGCGUCCUAGACUGUACAUAGACAAAACUUCAACUCUCGCUUGCCUUGUCCGACAGGAAACCAGCUCACAGACACGUACUGGAAUUCAGUAUAUCCGAUUUCGUUGCUGUACUAUAGACAAUGAACGUUGCAUAUUGUUUCUCUAACCAAAAACAGACAUGGAUGCGACGCAAGACGAGUUUGUUUUCAGAUAGAAACCACAUGUAUUCAGUCAUACACUCAUAAUUGUGUUUAUAUCUUGGGCGGGAGGGGGAGGGGCGUUGUAUACAGUGGGAAUAUCAGGUGUGUUUGUGUUUUUUUUGUUGUUGUUGUAAACCUUAAAAGUUGGUUUAAUGCACUAUAUAAAAAAAAAAAACUGUACACUUGCAUCAAUCAAAUGCAGCACUUAAAUGCUUGUUCCAGCCUUAUGGUUUUUGGCCUUGGAUGGUGUGGAUAUCCAUUCCGGAGAGCAUGCAUUACUUUUAAUCAAUUUGUAUAUGCAGGCUGCGCAGCCAAAAGCGUCAAAUCGAAUCCCGGCUAGGAAUUUAAUGGAGAGGGCUCACUCCAAUCUAGUGUUUGGAAAAGCUGACCCCACUCUUUAUGCUUUCAUUUCAAAAGAACUAUUUUUGGGACAGAAAAUCAAGAAUCCAGUAUUUUGAAGCCAAAGUCUCAGUAUUAAUUGUGAGGGCGUUUUCAUUCAACAAAAUUUAAAUCAGCGUCUUUAUCCUGUUGGAACCCAUGUAAAUCACCCCGUUGUGCACUCUAGAAUGUAGCCAGGAUUGCUUUCAUGUCAACGUGUACUGUGUCUUUUUACCAAUCUAGUGUUUAUUCCGUAUAUAAAGAAAUAUUAUUCAGUGUUCUAUUUCAGGAGAUUCCGUUUUCUUUGGACAGGGUGGGAUUCUCAGUUGCAGCAGCUCAACUUGUGCCUUAUGAUUUCUGUUGUUCUCUUAUAGGAAAUGACAUUUGACCUGAGAAAUACAGUAGCGAGCGGAAAAUAGUCAUGAUUGUGCACAGAGUAUCACAUGGAUCUUGGAUAUCGGAACCACAGCACCAUUUGACACAAAUUGUCCGAAGCCAGCGAGAACGUGGCGACUGGUAAAUAUCGCGUACUUUCCUGAACACUGCGUUGUUUGACUUUUUGCCACCACUCUGCUAGAUGACUUUCAAAUUGAAGAUAUUUCGUUACAGUUCACUUACAUAACGGUACCGCUUAAGUAUAAUAAGGCUUUUCAAACUGGUUAUCAAUUAGGCUUCAUGAAACCUUGAUAAACUGCUCGCGGUAAUUAAAAACAGCGAGAGCAAAGGACUACCUGCCAAAUUGUUAGCACCUACUUAGCACUAUUGCUUCAGCCAUCUGCCAAACAGGUCAUUCAUUGUUAAAUUAUGAUUUGUAUAAACCUCCAUUUUGUUUGCAGUUACGUGGAGAUUACAAAAUCAGAAAUGUAAAACUACAUAAAGUAUGGUAGUAUUUUUUACCAAACAAUGACCCCAGUUGGCUGAAGGUGCUGUGUGUAUUAAUGAUUCACAAUAAUUUCCCAACAGAAUUAUUAGCAUCAUUUACAAAGUAUAACGAUAUUGUAAAGUGGAACUCACAUCUGCGUUGUGAAUUACGAGUAACAAACAGCUGUAUAAUUAACAAAGGAGGCUGACACGUUCACAAAUCCUUGUUAGCUAUGCACUUAAAAUGCAUUUCAACAAACAAAGAGAACCAAGUGGUCUUGUGUAUUCAACAAAAUGAUCUCAUGUCACAAAAAUUGUGACAAACACCGGGAUUAUUUUGUAAAACAAGUUGUGCAUAACGCAACUAACAUUCAAUGUAUAGCGCGUUUUCUUCAGAAACAUUCACCUACUGGUGAGGCGGGAAAUGUGGAAAGAAAUUCCCUGAAAAAUUCAAAAUGAACCAAAAGUCAAUUAUCUGGCCAAGCAUAUUUCAGGGGGGGGGCCAGUGCCCCCGUGUCCCAUCACCAGCUCUGCCAGUGACUGUAGUAAUGGUGUCCAUGGAUGGUUGAAAUUGUGUCAUAAAACCACAGUAUUGAAGCAGCAGUCUUUCUAUUCAGAAUGCUCCAAAACCGACACACAAUUAAUUUGGGAAAAAGCCAUUUUGGUGGCGAUCCUACACAUGGAUCUCCAUCGAACAAGGGUAAUUCAUAGCCUGGCAAGUCAGACCAUUGCAUAGUGUGGCGUCGCAGUGAUGCGCAUUUCUGAGCAAACAGUUGAAAAUAACCGAACCAUCAAACAGCACACGUGACGUGUAGGAAAAAAUCUACAUCUUUCGAAAUAAAUACUUUCACUUCCGUCGGCUGACUCUAUGUCUUUCCAGUAAUUUAAUGCUGAAUUAAAGGGCAAGUCAACCCCGAAAUCUUCAUUACAAUAUGUUAUAUGUCCCCCGCUAAUUUAAACACGGCAUUCUGCUUAUUAUUGUGUUUACAGAAUAUAAGUUAAGCAGCAAAAUUCACCCAUUUUUAUCUAUCUCAGGGGGCGGCCAUUUUGCCACUUGCUGUCGACUGAAAUUGACAUCACAGUUUCCCGAUUCUCAGAUCGCAACCAAUCACGGCUCGGUUUCAGAAAAACUGGUGAGCCGUGACUGGUUGUAAAUAGCCAGACCUAAUCCCUGGUACGGUAUUGGGCCUGGCUUGCUUGGCUAAGUAAUUCAAACAUGCCUUAUCUAACCCCCCCCUCCUUCCCACUUUUCGACCUGAAUUGAGAGUCCCUGCAGAACAACAACCAUUUUGCCCGCAGCCUGUUGAGGAAGUACAGUUUGUUUGUUUGUUUGUCGGGUAGUUCUCUGAGCACCCCUCCCUAAUACACAACCCCUAAAAAUCAACUCAUCCCAGUCGCUGUGUGUUUGACCUUGCCCUGCGUGAAGACUCCCAGCGCUCUGCAGUGUGUUGUGGAUCGUGCACUGUGGUAUGGCAGUAGUGUGUUGCUUGUCGAGUUGAACAUCCCAGAUGUUGUCUGUCUUUUUGUCUAUUAUCUGCUACCAGCCAAUGCUCCGGUGCCUUCUAACACUGACAAGUAUUGUCCUAAACCUGAGCUUUCCCAUCGACCUGGCCACGGGUUGUGAUCAUGACGAGGGUUCGUGAUAUCGUUGACCAGUGGCUCUGAUUUUGACAUUGUGCUAUGUUGCGUUCGCUGCAGCUCGUUCAUGCCAGUAAUCUAUUAGCGGCUAAGCAGGGAUACGCUGUAAUGGUCCCUUCAAAUUUGAGCAUUCUGUCAGGCAGAGCCUCUUACUGUAUGUAGUCAUCCUCGCAGGUUGUAGAGUCACAUUUGUAAGCGAAUAUUACAAGCAGAUGAAUCGGUGAGAAAAAACAAUAAAUGUACUUCUUUAGAGCACAAAGUGAGGGCAUAUUUUAGUUUGUAUACAUAGUGAAUUUGAGCCUUUUUCUAGAGUGGCUUUCCUUUCUUCGCAUGCUCAACUUGAUUGUAUGCAUAAGUAUUUUAGACGAGCCGAAAGUUGAAUUUGGAGCAACACUUGUACAUUGUUUGAUAUUUUUCUUUUUGUAAGGAAUUUUUUAAUUCACGAAGCAUUUUUUGUACAUUGUAUGAAUAUGGAAAAAAAAACCUGCAAAUAUUUGACAUAUAGAUGAAAUACUAGAUGCGCAUGCGUAUGCAUAUAUUCUUCACCGUAUGUAUGUGCGCAUCUACACAUAUAUUUUGUAUUUGCAUUUGCUAGCAUACAGAUAUAUGUCUUUAAGCACAUAUAUACAUGCAAUGUAUAUGUAUAUCCAUGUCUGUCGGCAUGCUUUUGGUCAUGUUGCUCUUUCAUGAUCUUGUAGGUAUUUUUUUGUUUUGUUUUGUUUAACUUGGUUUUGCUGAAAAAGAAAAGCUCAUUCUUUUGCUAUCCUUCCGUUGGCUGGCUGCAUUGAGCACUUAUUAAGAAGAACUACAGUUGAAGUUGUUCAUGUUAUCCAUUGUGUGAAAUAAUAAAUGACUUUAUUGACAUCUUA